UCUUUGCUUAAAAAAAGUUUCUGUUUUCUUAAGUUUUUCGUUUCUUUUUAUAAAAAAUCAUGAAAAGGUUUUUCAUAAAAACAAAAUUUUCAUUUUGUUAAGUUUUAUUUCUAUUUUUUUUUAUUUUGCCAAAAUGCAAAGUUUAGUGAUGGCUUCUUGCGUUGUUUUCAUUUUUAAUGCGUCAUUACAAAGUUGGACCGCACUUCAAAAUGAUGACUCAUAUACAAAAAGAAGCUUCCGCUUGCCCUAUGUUGGGCUGGAACACGCCUGGCACGCCAUGUUAACUCUCAUAUCUACCAUUGCCACAGGGUGGUGUAAUUCUAAAAUAGCAUUGCUUGUUUUAUGUGGUACGGACUGUCGGUUAUUGUGGGAGUCAUGUGGGAAUACACAAGAGCUUUUUAAUAGACAAACAUUAACAAAAAGUCUUAUACGUUUGCUUGAGAAGGCGGAAAAAAAUCAGGAGCCUUUAAUAUCUUUUGCUUUAACAAAAGCAUGUUGUAUAAUUUAUGCUCAAACAAAACGUAUUUCUUCACGAUUUUUGUCGGAAAAAAAAAAGGACUCAAUUAUUUCAUUACCAAUUAAUACAAUUAGCCGUAUAAUUUUUCUUGAUGUGGGAGUGUGUAGCUAUGUUGAUCAGUAUACUUAUUUAGCAAAUAUUGGUUUAGCUGCACAAGAACAAAAAAUUUGCAUAGAUGUUUGUGAUAUCGGUACUCGACCAGUGACAGUACUCAUGCAGCUUGUGAGUCUCACAAAAGGAAUCUAUUUGAAUUUUUCUUCCUGUAUUUUUGAACAAUUAAGCGAAGAUCGAGUGAAGGGUACUUCAUCUAUACAUCAAUCGUUAGGGCAAGAUUUUGAAAACGAUAAAAAAACUUUAGGCCGUUUGUUUGUAUCAUUUCUUCUUUUUCAUUAUUCGGUACCUCCAGAGACACGUGGCGCUUUUCCAACAGCGUUUACAACAGUUGAAAACUGUUCUGCCGUGUGCCGCUGUCAUCAGCAACCCGUUGAAAUCGGUCUUGUUUGCUCGUGUUGCUUAGCGGUAUUUUGCUAUGAAUACAAAGACUCGAAUUGUUCCGUGUGCAAAGUUCGUUUCAAAAGAGAAAGAAAUGUUACUGUGGCAACAGCAAGAUUUGCUAAGAAAAAUGUUUCAUCGUCCUCAGUCAUUCCCAAAACACCCAGCACAGAAAAACAAUUAAAAUGAGUAACACAAGGGUCUUAUGUUUCAUCGUGUUUAUAAAAAAGAUAAUAAAAAAUUUCUUAAUGUUUUUUUUUCCAAGAGACUUUGCCAUUGUUGCAUCUACCAAUCAAAAAUUUGAAAGACAAACAAGAAAAUAAAAUAUAUACUCUA